GAAAGAGUCCGAAGGAAGGGGCGGGGCUUUGCCUUCCAGCCGCGGAACCUGUUUGCGCAGUCAGGUUUCCCUAGGGAAGGUAGCACCCGAGAAGGCAGCCUGGUUUCCGUUUCCGGUUAAGCUGUCGGAAGGUCUGGCGAAGAAGUGUCAUUGAAGUAUAAGGAAAAUAGAGGUUGAAUUGGGAUUGUGUAAAAACCACAAAACAAAUCUUAUGAGGUGGUAUGUGAAGAAUUGAUUCCAGUCUUCAAAUGUGCCAAGGGGCCAUAUGGCUCCCAUUGAAAAUGGCUAGUGUGGAGCCAUAGCUCAGAGAGAAACAUGGGGCAUGGAAAAGAACAUGAGCAUGGCAAACUACAGCUUCCCGAUUACAGGCAGUGGAAGAUAGAAGGUACUCCCCUGCAGACUGUCCAAGAUAAGUUGGCUCGGCGAGGCCUCAGGGAUCCCUGGCUUCGCAAUGAAGCAUGGAGAUACAUGGGUGACUUUGCAAAACCUGCCACUUUGACAAGCGUCAUAUUCAGAGGUUUCAAGUGGGGAUUUGCAGCUUUUGUGGUAGCUCUGGCAGUUGAGUAUGCCCUUGAUAGUCGAAAACAAGACAAAGAUGAGGGGCAUCACUGAAGAUGUGUUUCUCCUGCAUUAAUUAGCCGUAUGUUCUGUCUUUUCAUUGGAAAAUGCAUAUUAAAGUUUUACCAUUCAGGAA